UCGAGUAAUAAGUAACCUACAUAUAUCGUCAGCGAGAACCCCAACGAUCAGAAGCACGAAAACCUAAACCGCUACCGGAGCCACCGAUUCGUCUAAUUUUACACAGUACAUCCAGGUUGCUGUGAAAUUGUGAACAGAUUGUUUAUGUUAUGGAAAGUAGUUUCUGCAGCAUAAAUCUUGGUACUUUAGUAACAAAAAAUGUUUAUUAACCUCAGACGGUUGAUAAUCGAUAGUCGGUUGAAGAGCAGAAUUUCCGCGAAUAAGUUGUUGAUGAUCAAAAGGAAGAAGGACAAGACAGGACGUUCGUCUCGCUUGGGCGGUCCAGCUGGGUACGAUAGGAAACUAGUGGUCAAAGAAGGUCAAACGUUGGCUUCUGGAUCAUGUAAGAAAGGGGUCUCUGUUAUUAGGGAAUCAAAGAGAAAGCUUUCGUCGGUUUUAAGGAAAGGUAUCAGGGGUAGAAAGAAGAGGAAGAUGGAAAAGAUUGAUAAAGUUGAUGAAAUAGUUGAACCGGUUGAUCGAAUCUCAGACUUACCCGAACCCAUUAUCCACCACAUUCUUUCUUUGCUUCGUUGUCCAAAGGAUGUUACGCGAACUACUGUGUGGUCUAAGAAAUGGAGAUCGGUAUGUGCUUCGUUUUUCACCUUUGACUUUGACCAGAAAAAGAUCCAAACGUCAGGAAGAAAGCAUCCCGAGAAAUUUAUAACUUUUGUCGACAACUCGUUAGCAACAAAACUAGAACCGAUGCAUAACAUACAGAAGUUCAAGAUUUCUUUGUCUAAAGCUAGUAUCAGGCUGAUACUUCCCAUGAAUAAGUGGAUUAACGCUGCUAUAAACAAGGACGUUAAAGAGCUAGACGUUCAUAUGGAAGAAAACAGUUUAAACAAACAUUAUUUGUUACCUAAUACCGUCCUUACCUCCAAAAAUCUAACUUCACUGAAGCUGUACGGUUGCAAGUUCGAUAGUAACAUUAUCAUCAAUCUAUGUAACUUAAAAGAGCUAUCGAUAAAGAACGCUUACGUAAACACAGAUUUGAUCAACAAUUUCAUUCAGGGAUGCCCUUUGGUUGAGGAUUUGCGGCUAAUACAUUGCAAGGGGAUCGGUCAUUUGCAUAUUUCAACUCUUCAUAAGCUUCACAGUGUUCAGUUACACGAGUGUCAUGGGCUUGUGUCGGUGAAAAUUGAGUUGACUAGUCUUCAUAAGUUUUUGUAUUGGGUGAAGAGCUCGUGGCAAUGCAGUUUAAACUUGUCGGGUUGUGAAAAUUUGAAGUCUUUAUCGAUAAAAGAUCCGAGUUUGUCCGAUAAGUUUUUUCAAGACUUGAUCGUUAAGUUCCCGUACCUUGAAAAAAUAGUUCUAAGAGAAUGUAAUCGACUAAAGCGGAUAACUAUAUUGAGCAAAACACUUACGGAACUAUCCGUGAUCGAAUGCAACAAGCUCAAGGAUCCUUUAAUUGAUGCACCAAACCUGUCUGCCUUUGAGUAUACCGGUGAGAGGAUGCCGUUUUUUCUCAUGGAUGUUUCGGGUUUGCAUGAGGCAAAGCUACAAUUCCGAAUUAAAAAAACCGGUCUCGCCCUUUGUCGUGAGCUGGAGCAGUUUUUUUUAAAGAAAUUUGUGAAUGAUGGGGCUUGGAAGUUGGUUGUUAGCUCCAAUAAGAAUAUAACUAUUCAUGAAGAAUUACCGAAAGUCCAACAUCUAUCAUCGAAAGAACUCAAGUUAGAACUUACCAAAUCUCCCAUGAAGUUGAAGGAUUUUGUCGAUAAUUUACUACGAAUGUCUCAACCGAAGACUUUAUCAUUGGUGUCAUCUUCCAGUUCUGAGCUAUUAAAUUUUAUGAAGGAGAAGAUAAUGUCGAGAGAAAAGAACCCAAAAUGCUGUACGUAUUACUCGAGGAAGUGUUGGCUUCAUCGCAUUAAAGAUGUUACGAUGGUGGUACUAUUUGAAGGCGCUGAAAUCGGAGACAUGGGUCAUGAUUCGCAACAAACUACUUUCAAAUUUAACUGGCAAACGUUGAAAUCUAAAACACGAGCGCUGGUAAAUGACUCUUAGAAUCAAAUUUAUGGAUAGUCAGAAUUUUUUUGGUUCUCUUUCAUCUUGGAUGCAUAUAUAUAUAUUUUAACUUUCUUGUCUAAAAUGAACAUCAGAAAACCAAUGGCUCAAAAGGUUGUAUUUAGAUCCUGGUCCUGCCUUUGUGUGUGUGCUCAUUCUGGUGUGGUGUUUUUUAA